AUGGCAGCGAAAUCCGAUGGUCGCGGGGUCGUCACCGGUUUCGCCCAGCUGCACAACCUGGACGAGGUGGUGGGUACGGGAGAGGACGACACUCGGAACGGCAGCUCAUUCCACAUCUGCCACUGCUGCAACACCUCGUCGUGCUACUGGGGAUGCCGGAGCGCCUGCCUGCAUUACCUCCGGGGGAUGGGGAAGGGGAAGGGGAGAGAUGCGGCGCGGCCACCGCAGGAGGAGCGCCUCUGGCUGGACUGCCUGUGGAUCAUCCUGGCACUGCUGGUCUUCUUCUGGGACGUGGGGACCGAUUUGUGGCUGGCCAUCGACUAUUAUCACAAGCAGGACUUCCUGUGGUCAGGCCUGACCCUGUUCUUCGUGCUGGUGCCCUCGGUUCUGGUCCAGAUCCUGAGCUUCAGGUGGUUUGUGCAGGAUUACACUGGGGGCGGACUGGGCUCCGUGGAGGGGCUGAGUAGUCGUAGAGCUACAGCCUGUCUGCAAAGAGACAGGUGCUGCCGCCUCUCUGUCUGGGUCUGGCAGACCGUCAUACACAUCUUUCAGAUGGGACAAGUGUGGAGGUACAUCCGCACCAUGUACCUCGGCAUACAAAGUCACCGGCAGAAGGAGAACCAGCGGCGUUUUUACUGGGCUAUGAUGUACGAGUAUGCCGAUGUCAACAUGCUGCGACUGCUAGAGACCUUCUUAGAAAGCGCCCCUCAGCUGGUGCUGCAGCUCUGCAUCAUGAUCCAGAGCAACAAGGCUGAGUGGCUGCAGUGUGUUUCUGCCAUGUCCUCCCUCCUGUCCCUGGCCUGGGUGCUAGCCUCUUACCACAAACUCCUGCGUGAUUCACGUGACGACAAGAAGAGCAUGAGUUACCGAGGUGCCCUGGUGCAUCUGUUCUGGCGCCUUUUUACCAUCUCCUCACGGGUGCUCUCCUUUGCCCUAUUUGCCUCCGUUUUCCACAUCUACUUUGGCAUUUUUGUGGUGCUCCAUUGGUGCGCCAUGGCUUUCUGGGUCAUCCAUGGCGGCACCGACUUCUGCAUGUCCAAGUGGGAGGAGGUACUGUUCAACAUGGUGGUGGGCGUGGUCUAUGUCUUCUGUUGGUUCAAUGUACGUGAAGGCCGGACGCGGUACAGAAUGGUGGCCUAUUACACAGUAGUACUGUUAGAGAACGCCAUCCUCAGCUCCCUUUGGUAUGCGUACCGCGACCCAGCCACCACUGACGCCUAUGCCUCUUUUGCCCUCUGUGGCGUCUUCCUGUGCUUUGCCUCAGGUGUGGCCUGUAUGGUUCUCUAUUACGGGGUCCUACACCCCAUGGGCCCCCGGCUGAGGGUGCUGGCCAGCUCCUGCUGUGCUGAGCUGCUGUGGGGCCUUCCGCUACCCCCCGAGGCUGAGCCCAUGGCUCCCACACCGGGCCCCCGUGGUUCUCAGGCCACCCCCACACGGGGUCUGGCAGGAGAACAUGUGGAGUCAGAUGAAACAGCCACGGACACCUGCCUUCCGGUUUUCCAGGUGAGGUCCACAGAGCCUGUGGAUGCAGCCGGAAGGCCCAUCCGACCCGAGGGUCCUCUCAUCAAGAUAGACAUGCCCAGAAAACGCUACCCAGCCUGGGACGCACACUUUGUGGAUCGGCGCCUGCGCAGGACCAUAAAUGUGCUGCAGUACAUUAGCCCUAAUGCGGUGGGCAUCAGGUAUAGGGAUGGUCCGCUUCUUUAUGAACUCCUGCAGUACGAAUCCUCCCUCUGA